GGUAGAGCACUACCUCGCCCCGCCGUUCGGAGAGUGGAUUACCAGAAUCUUUGGUGAACGCGCUAUAUAACAAACGGCAUCUGGAGCUUGGUCACGUUGCUAUAAUAGAUACAUAUUAUAAGACUUGGUUAGCGGAUAAAAAACAUACGAACCGAUACUUAAAUAAAAACAGGAAGCCGUGUAUGUAUAAUAAAUCUUGUCAGUAAGAUUCGAGUAAAAACUGGAAAUGGAAGUGGAAUUGUGCUGGUACAGGAGAUAAGAGGAUAACAAAGACGUAGUAUUAUGGCGGUUAGAAAGCAAGUUAAAAAGGUAUUCAACUUGUCCGCGUGUAAUUUCCCUCAGGGAUAGUGAUUAGAUCGGAGAAGAAGAACGAGCGAUAAAGAAGAAAAGGUGUGGAGAAAAAAUAAAAGUGUGAAAUAACGGUCGAGAUGGCUGCUCCUCAUCGAAUUAACGACUAUAAUGCAAUCGUACGCUCAUCGGCUGUCCUCGUGUAUCCAUCAUCUUUGUCAGCCAGAAAGAUGGAAAAAAUUGUAUCGUCUUCAUGGCCACUUAACCGGGAAUACGGUGAUUGUGACGAGUGCGCGAGCAUGCCGGGCUCUCAUUGACUGGCCUCAUUGCUGCUUCAUUCACGAGUGUGUCGUUCGGCUGGUUCUUAAACGGCGCUUCGAUAAAACGUCGCACAAAAUAAGUAUCCAAAUAAUAAUGAACGCAAACAGGAACGCUUCGUACGAAUACGAGAACUGAACGUCUUAAUUGAGUCUUUAAAACGGAGCUGGAAAAAUCAGAGGAAGAAUCGGAGUGUUCCCCGGAGCGACCGAUGCGCUCUCUCGUAAGCGCGUCCUCCAUUAUCGCGUGUCACACAACGACGACAACGACUUCAGGGGUAAUAAUUGACGGUGAGCGUGUGACAUGUAGGUAAAAUCAAGCGAAAUACGAAACUGUACCGAAACAAGAAUGAAAUAAUUACGUUAACGAUAACCCUGUCGUUACAAAAGUGAAUAGUGAUUAUAUUCUCAACACCCAUUAUAAGGCUCACCCGCGUUAAAAAUUUUGUCCCCGAACUUUCUUCUUUUCUUUUUAUUGUCGAAACAAAUUCGACUCCUUUGAAAGAAAGAAAAAUCUAUUUUUCGUCCUUACGGUGUUUCGUUGGUUCAUUCGUUUCUUUUUUUUUUUCACUUUCAUGCGUCAUUCUCAAAGCGAAUGAUUGAUAUUAACUCGGCUAUGUGGUAAAUACACGGUCCAAACGGUGCGGGGACCGUCGGCCAAAAGCAAUCCGGUAACGCGGGAGCCUAGCGAGUGUCCAGUGGCAUUGUGAUCGCGAGUUUUUUUUCAGUAUUUCUUACUUAUUUCCAUUUCUCUAUCUCUCGAUUCUUGCUUUUCUCCAAUCCCCCCUUCUCAUUCUCGUCCUCUCUUUCUUGUCUUUUUGUUUAAUUGUCAAGAAGCUUGUGCAGCGUCGCGAAUCGCCAUAAAUGUCCGUCUACCUCGAGCCUACUUUGUGCUCACACAGUUUAUCCGCAUAGUUGUUAUUAACUCUGAAUUUAUGUGCGGAAAGCUUUUUAAACAGAUAACCAAUACACAUAUGUAUGUAUAAUCGGGAGUGAAAAAAUUUUUAUCAUCUUUAGUACAGUUUUCAGAAUGAUAGUAAUGCGUUGCAUCGAUAUGCGUUAAUGCCAACGUGUGGUUUCGUACAAAGAAGCAAUUAGCAAAGUGAUAAUAAAAAAAAAAAAAGUGCAAAUCGAUCGACUCGCAUCGCCUUAGUGACGUGAGUUCAUGUGCGACAAUAUAGUAAUAUAUUAUGAAUGCAUAUAUCGUGUGAAAUAAUAUUUAGUGUUGAUAGCAAAAAAGAAGCGAUAAAAAUCGUCCGACUCGGCCGGAACGAGAGGACGAGGAACGCCCAAAGUGAAGAAGAACGAAUUAGAGUAAUAGUGUACAGCCGAAAUUCGGAAUACUAUUUUUCGAAUAUUACGGAUCAAUCUGUAAAGUCGAAGUGGUUAGAUUCGGUGAUUCAUUGUAGUGAGGCGGUGACGGAUUAAGACGCGAAGAAACGUUCACCGUCGGACGCUUCUUGGGCGUCACGACAAUAAUGCCGCACGUGAGCAGCAGCGGCGGUGGCGAUGAUCUCGGCAGUGAGGACGAGGUCAAAGUAUUUAAGGAUGAGGGCGAGGACGAGAAAAGAUCCUCGGAAAAUCUCACCGAAGAAAAGAGUUCACUUAUCGAUCUCACAGAAUCCGAGGAGAAAGGAUCUCUUGCCGGUGGUAGCUAUACGACUAAAACGUCAACGAGAUCGGACCUCAGUCCCGUAUUUGGAAAGGUAGAUCCAACGCCUCACACAUCAUCUUUCAACAUGGGUUACCUCGUCUCACCGUAUCCUUACCCCAAUGGCGCAGGAGGACCGAUUCCUGUCUCUAUGGUGAGUACAUAACGCUUCUUGGAUAUAUUCGGACGCCUAGAUGGU